UCAAAAAAGGCAACUCAUAAAUGUGAGUGCACUCAUAAAUGCAAUUUCAGUACAUUAUUUCUUCCUUUUCUGCCCGAAGUAAUUUUCCUUUUUUGGUCUAAAUCUGUAAGCAAUCGAAAGAAGGAAGGUAGUAACUUGGAGACGCAAUUAUUCAAACUACCAUUUAUAAAUACAUACAUUUAUUGGAGAAGUGAGCCUAUGACGACUUUAAUUAACUAUAAAUCUCUCUCACUCUGUGAAAAAUUGCAUACGGUGGUGGGAAAAAGGAUCUGUUUAGAAUCUGCGUGCUCGUCUUCUCCACCCCUUCAUCACCUUCUACAGAUUGCAGCCCAAGGUCUUGAAAUAACAUUUUGGAUUUAAUUUGGUUGGGUUGAAGUUGAAUAUAUAUUCGUUUACACUACCAAGAAUCACUCAGGACCCCCUCAAUUACUGCAAGACAAAAUGCAAAAAAUUAGUCUUCCUCAGACAAGUAUUUUUGCCUUUCCAAUCAAUAUAACUCUCUCAAAAAAGUUACUACAUGAUGGAUAUAGCAAAGGAUUUAACAGCAGGGACUGUUGGUGGAGCAGCACAAUUGAUAGUUGGCCACCCUUUUGAUACCAUAAAAGUCAAGCUCCAAAGCCAGCCUUCCCCAUUACCCGGGCAACCUCCAAAAUAUGCUGGUGCCAUUGAUGCAGUCAGGAAAACAGUGGCUUCUGAAGGUCCAAGGGGUUUAUACAAAGGCAUGGGAGCUCCACUUGCAACUGUAGCCGCCUUCAACGCUUUGCUUUUCACUGUUAGAGGUCAAACCGAGGCGCUGUUAAGGUCUGAACCUGGUGCCCCUCUUACUGUCAAGCAGCAAAUCCUUUGUGGUGCUGUUGCUGGUACUGCUGCAUCAUUUCUUGCCUGUCCAACUGAACUUAUCAAAUGCAGAUUACAAGCCCAUAGCGCGUUGGCAAGUGUAGGGUCAGCUUCUGUGGCCAUAAAAUAUGCAGGGCCAAUGGAUGUUGCAAGACACGUUCUUCGUUCUGAAGGAGGUGUAAGGGGUCUCUUCAAAGGUCUAUUCCCCACCCUGGCACGAGAAGUGCCGGGAAAUGCUGUCAUGUUUGGCGUAUACGAAGCGUUAAAGCAGUACUUUGCAGGAGGCAUGGAUACUUCUGGACUGGGAAGGGGUUCACUUAUAGUAGCUGGAGGCUUGGCUGGUGGUUCAGUCUGGUUCGCGGUGUAUCCAACAGAUGUUAUUAAGAGUGUAAUUCAGGUAGAUGAUUAUAGAAACCCAAAAUACUCUGGCUCUUUUGAUGCUUUUCGGAAGAUUUUGGCAUCAGAAGGUGUCAAAGGCCUUUACAAGGGGUUUGGACCUGCUAUAGCGCGUAGUGUCCCAGCAAAUGCUGCUUGCUUCUUGGCAUAUGAGAUGAUUCGGUCUAGUUUGGGAUAAUCUGGGGACCGUUACACUUACUUCUUUAACUAUAUUUUUCCCAAUUGGAAAAAAUUAAUACCAUUUUUUGGGGACUAAGAAGAAAGAGAUUUUUGUGAGCCAACUUUUGUUGUCAUACAAAUAUAUAUAUAAGAGGCAUAGAUUACCAAAAUAGUUGCCAGUUUUUGUUAUCUGCUCUGCUUUCAUCUUCAGUGUUUAUUGGUUUUUGACAAUGUCAAGAAUGACAAGAUGAUGGAUUAAAAAUUCAGGAGAUUGUACAUUUUAUUCAGA